AUGCCCAGCCAGCUUCCUCGUCCCCGUCAGUGGGGGACUCGUUUUGAUUCUCUCCCUUCAUCUCCUCCUCCUUCUCCCAAAAGUGAGGGCGCUCUCGUUCAAGACUACCCGGAUUCCGACGCCAGAACCGUCGAGCCCGACGCGUCUUUUGUCAACCGUAAGCAUGAGAAGAUGCCUCACGAUGCCAGUGUCUUCGUAGGAAGUCUUCCCCCACAUAUCGACAAUAAUGAGCUCGUUCGACUGCUCUCAGAGCAUUUGGCAGAACAUGCCGAGGUCAAGUGCGUCAAAGUUAUUCGCGACAACAAAGGUGGCGCCUGUGCCUUUGUACAGUGUCAGGACGCUGCCUCCGCCGCCAGACUAAUCCACACGCUUCAUUCAAAUCCUCCUAAGCCAUUCAUGGGGAGACAUCUGCGCUAUGAGCAAGCUAGGGCCUUCAGAACCUUGCUAAUUUCCUACUGCACUCCUCAACAUCACGUCACGGUUCCGGAAUACAGCGCUGAAGCCAGAAAUAUCUCUGGGAACGCGAUUAUUGAACUUGAUCUCCCUCGCGCCAUGAGGAUAUCUCGGUCCAGACAAUCAAGAACCCAAACUAUCCAUUACAAUGAAGUGGCUGUUGAGCUAGAACGUAAGGCAAGGCAAAGCCAGGAGCCAUCUGUUGAACAUGACCUACACAUCGAGCCUUUGAUGUUCGACGAAAAGACCCUUCGAACCAUUUGUACUCAUUUUGGUGCAUUGGAGACUUUUCAACAUUAUUGGCCAUCCGGUACUUUUCCCGAAGGUCUCUCUGACGAAGAAAUCGUCAAGUGGACUCUGUUUCCUGCUCCGCACAAUUUUCCUCGCAAAUCUGUGAUGGAUAAUCAUGUUUUCGAAGUAAAAUGGGAACACCGUGAUGACUGCGUCAACGCACUGAUGACCCUUCGUAAAGUACCCCAUUUUAAGAUCAGCUGGGCUCAUGCUUCUGCACCAUCCCACUUCGAUCGUACGGGACGUCCUGUGCACAGCAUGUUGCAAUCGACCAAAUAUACCGACUGUCCGCUAACCCAGCAAUCGCGCCACGGCAAUUCCUGCGAGUCUCUCGAGCCACCAGAUUGGAAAUCUGACAUACAGGAAGCGGAUCAAGUAAACGUAUCGACGUGGGCAGGGUCCGAUUUUCCUCUCCGUGACGCCGAAGAAGACUCUGUGGUUAUGUUCUCUUCCGAAACGUUGGAAAACGUACAGAAUUUUGAUCCUGUUACGGCAGGGACUGAGAUGUGCAACGAGCUCGAGGUCACCUCUGCGGCGGUAGUAUCUUGCCCAAGCCCGCUUUCUGAGGAGGUCGAGUUGGAUUUACCUGCUGCAACAGCUCUUACUACGUCCACGCCUAAGUCGCCCGCUUCCGCCUUCUUGUUGACGCCAACCAGCACCGAUGGCCGUUCAAUCAGGGAAGUAGACAACGACGAUUACAACUUCCGUUUGCAUAACCCACGUACCAGCAUGGAGAAAGUCGUGGACACUUCGACGCUCUUUGUAGGGGGACUUGAUAUGCAUGGACCAGGAGCCUGGGACGAAGCCAAGCUCCAGAACUAUUUUCAAAGGUUCGGAGGGUUGCAGAACGUGAAGAUAGUCCGCCCAGCGAGCGGCAAGGCUGCGUUCGCAUUUGUGAAAUUCAACAAUACGGAGUCAGCAGCUCGAGCAAUACAACAAGAGCAUAACCGGGUGUAUCAAGGUCGAGCUAUGCGAGUACAGUUCCGAGAAUGCAACCCCUCCAGAGCGACUUUCAUGAAAGGCCGUGGCCGCGGACGGUUCCUCCAGGUUGCCAACCACCCUCCUCGCCAGGAAUUGCAACCGCAGCAUACUUUUGCGGACAGGUCUGGGGACUCCUUGUCGGAUAUGUCUAUGUCCACGGCAGACAGGACCCGCACGCAGGAAUCUAAACCCUUUACAGCCGAGUCGAGUAUUGUUCUGCCCAGAGUGGCCGGAGCGGAUGGCCUCGAACAGGUUACGGAUAGAAAAUUUCCCGAAAAGCAGGAUAGUAUUGAUUUCCCCAACCUCUGCCAAUCCAGCUCCCCGCAUCCCAUUGAAACUACUCAACCCGAACGUUAUCGUGAGUGGUACGAAGUAGAUGUCCAUUCACAGGACACCCAUUCGACGGGCAUCACGCCCCCGCCAUCAACUCCCCUGUCGGGGUCGGAGAGCGUCCCCGGUGGAACAGUAUAUCCGACCGCAGGCUAUUAUCCUCCACCGCCGUGGGUACAACCAUAUCCCCCACAAGUGCAAUAUCCGAUGCCUUACCUUCCUGGCUAUCCGAUUUAUCCGAUACCAAAUCCCACUCAACCUCCUUAUACCAAUCUAUCUGGCUCGGAUGGUACUAAUGGUACAACGUCCACUGCGCCAAACCACUGGCCGAUAUACAGUCACUAUGUCCCUUAUCCUGCACCUUACCACCUUAGGCCGCCCCACACGGCUGAGCAGUCAACACCACCACCACCACCACCACCACACGCUCAGUCACAACCGCCGGUAGUACCCUCAGGUUUUAUCCAAGGCGAACAGGGUACCCUUAUUGCAGUGUAUCGUCAAGAUGCUCUGGACAACUACAUGCAUCAGUCGGCGAAUGGAAACAUAGCUCCUCCGCAAUCUCAACCUCCUCGAAUUUGGUCUCAAUACCCUCAACCGUCCCCAUAUCCUCCCACCGCCCCUAGCCAGGCACCACUCAGGAUCGCUCCUGUUCCAGGAUAUAUUCAAGUACCAAAGCAAACUGGCGGAAAUGCGCCGAGUUGGGUUCCGCACCCAGGAGGCGCUCGAUUAGGACCACCUCUUGUCGGUUUCCCAAUCAAUGCGAACGUGAAUGCCUCUCGCGAGUACGACGGGCAUGGGAACAUGGGCAAGCGUGGGCGUCGAGAUGGUGGUUUCCAUCCACGGCACGGGUACAUCCGACAAGGUACUCACCGACAAGGACGAAGGGAGACACACGUACCGGUCAGCAACGGGGGAUAUGGAGAGGAAAAUUGUAGCGAGUUUGCUACUAACGCUGCCGAUGGCAACGUUGGGAAUUACAACACUCGUUGGGUUCGACGUGAACCCAUUAAAGGUUAUCAUCUUUCUUAA